CGUCUCUCUCUGCCUCCUGUAGUCUCUAGCAUAAUCUAAUGUAAUCUAAUGUAAUCUAAUCUAAUCUCUGGGUUCAUUUUAACAUUUUUAAUUAUGGUUACAUUUGUAAAGGUUUCUCUUUAUUUAAAGCAGGAAUGUAUGUAGCGCGUUUUGGUUGAUUUGUCCCUCGUCAAACACCGUCGGUGCUGUUCCACGCUUUUGCAAAGACUUUCACGCGUUUACAUAUCAUUAAUUAAUGGAUUUCGAUCGCGACUAAAGUAUGUGAGAUGUCUGUCUUGCGCAGAGCCAAAACGUGGGAAAUCUCUGAAUCUGAGGACAGCGACGCCGAAACGAAACCCGGUUUAAACCCCGAGGACGGCAGUCAAACAGCAGCAGUCAGCACAGACAGCCGGGAGCAGAGUUCAGACAGCUCUUCGGCAACAAAGAGGGAGUCCAGCGCUUUGGCCCCUCCGCGACCAGGCGGAUCCGGUACACCGAGUCCUGCGAGGAAACGUCGCAGUAAGGAGGAGAUAGAAGCAGACAGGCGGAAAGCCAAGGAGAGGAAGGAGGCGAGAGAGAGACAGAGAGCCGCCAGAGCCCAGGAGAAGGAGGAGAGGAGACAGGAGCAGCAGAGGAGGAGAGAAGCGGCCCAGAACCUUAAGAGUCUCCGGCCGGAAAACUGCCUCAAGUCCCUCACUGUCUGCAUACACCCAGCGCUUCUGCAAAAGGAUGGCUCAGACAUCUUGCUGGACACUCUGGCUUCCUUUGACUGGAAGUUCAGCAUCGAGAGUCAGCAGCUCGUUGGCAGCGUCACCUGGACCCGAGAUUUACCUCAGCAGGGAGAUGGCGGCACUCUCUCAGUGGAGGAGGAGCAGGUGCUUCUGGUCCUGAGUCUGGCUGAUUUCAUGGACAUAGUGAUCUCUGUGAAAAGAAUUGACAGUGACGGGGUGGAGACAGGGGUGGGGUCUUUCUGGAGUCCACUUUUGGAGUGUCUCAACCGUGAUGUCAAGAAGGUGGUCACUUUGUUAGUGACAGACUCUGAGCCAGAUUACAGGUUAAAUACCUGUGGUGUGCAUUUACUAGAUGAGCCACUGCAAUCCAAACUGGGGAUGGAUCAUUUGGACAUCGAGGAGGUUCUUGUGUAUCUACAGCUCUACAAAAAUAUGUCCGUGGUCUUCCUGGAUGGCUGGGGGGAGAUCACUGACCAUGUUUGUGCUGUCACCAAAGCUUUGUCAAAACGCCCUUUUAAACUCCUGACAGAGGGGGCAGAGCUGCCCUUUUGUGUGGACGGCUCAUGGGCCAGUGGGGUUCGGGUAGAGAAGGAUGGCUCAGGCCUGAUUCAGGUCUGGGGCAAGCAGAUCCAGCAGCUGAACAGAGUUAGCCCUGCUGUAGCCUCUGCUGUGACUGCAUCCUAUCCAUCUCCUCAGCUGCUGCUGCAGGCUUACAAGAGCUUGGGGUCGGAGGAGGAGAGAAAAGGGCUGCUUGCUGGCCUCUCUGUGAAAAGCGGAGGCAAAGAGAGACGCAUUGGCCCGGAGAUGUCAGCCAGAGUCUACCGCUGCUUCACAGCCCACAAUCCCCAGCUGGUCCUGGACUAAUCUGAGAACAAGAUGAAUGGGCGAUGUCAGCGAGGUCGAAUCUGGUUUCUAAUAACACUUUGUCACCACUUGGCUGCUAAUAUGUUGAUGUUGAUGUUUACAAGUUAAAAAUAUGCCUUGGAUAUCAUAUUUACUUUCCACUAAAGCACUUUGUAUACUCAUCUGAACUCCAACAGAUGGAAUGAAUAGAAAAUAUUAGCAGAAUAUAAUCUGGAAUAUAGGGAAUAAUGUGAAGACUAUUUUUUACUACAGUUUAUGUAUAAAUGGGAGGUGUGUAAACUGUAUAAAUGUGCAAAUGUAUGAAUGUUGGAUAAAAAUAAGCUGAAGCAGAA